UUAUAUCUUCAGUUCCCUGCAACUAUUGAAUCUUCAUUACAAUUUUUCUUCCAAAAAAUUUUCAGUCUAAAAAUCUCCUUCAACUUAAUGGCUUCAGAAUCAGGUGCUACUGAUGCAUCAUCAUUCAUAGAAAAUUUGAUGAAUUCAAGAAACAGAGACAUUUCUUUGUUUUUACCUUUGAUCUUAGGCCUAAACAACAAUUCAUCAAAUUCAUCAACUCAAGUUCAAGAUUCAUCCAACCCAAAUCAAGAAACACAAGAACAAACAACCCCAAAUGAUUUUCUUGAUCGUAUAAUCCUUGUAAACCCCUUAACUCAAAGCAUGUUUGUUAUAGAAACCCCUUCUUCUUUAACUUUUGAUUCUUUUUUCAAUGAAUUAAUGACCAAAGGAGGUCAACCACCAGCUUCAAAAGCAUCAAUUGAGGCACUGCCACGUGUCGAGAUUUGUGAAGAAGAAGAAAAAAUUGAGUGUGUUGUUUGUUUGGAUGAGUUGGGAGUUGGUGACGUGGCUAAAGAAAUGCCAUGUAAGCAUAGAUUUCAUGGAGAUUGUGUUGAAAAGUGGUUGAAAAUACAUGGAUCAUGUCCAAUUUGUAGAUAUAAAAUGCCUGAAGAAAAUGGUGAUUUGAAUAAUAAGAGUGAAAAUAGAAGGACUAGAAGAGAAAUUUGGAUGAGUUUUUCAUUAGGAAAUAAUAAUCAAACGGUUACAGUUAAUUCCAGUUCUGAGAAUGAGCAUGAUCAUGCACCAGAAGUUUAGUGUUUUAGAGGCAUUUUUUUAAUUUUAUUUUUAGUUUCAGAUUUUUCAUUUUUUAUUUUAUUUUUAGAAUAAUGUUUGUAUAGAGGCGGAUUUUGUAGUUGGUUGGAUGGUGAAAUGAAGGUUUAUUUUUCAUGUUCAA